ACACUCUAUUUCUCAGGUUAUUGAUUUAUUGGGCUGCUUUUUAUCUUUACUGCAGCAUUUUAUGUAAAUCUCACUUUGCUUUGCCAUGCUUGUCUUUCAUCUCUGUCAGAACUUUGACCAUAGCGCUGACCAUUCCUGGUAUUGUGAACUUUUAUUCCCCUGUGUGUGUUUCCUGUUUUCAGUCGCCUUUCUUUCUCCUUGUUCCACUUGCGGAUUUCACUUUACGUUUAUUGUGUCGUCAUUCUGACAGUUAUCACUUCUUUAUUAAGAGGUGGAUUCUCUCUGUGACUCAGUGUGAUGAUAAAAGAGGAGCCAAACACAAGUGUACAGCUCUGCACCUCGGCAGCAAUGGCAAAAACACACACGGGAACAGGUGGAAACAAAUUUUCUUUUCCCAGCUAUAGAGCGAUCAUCAUGUGUCUGGGAUUGCUGAACGUUGUUCUGCUGAUCGUUGCUAUCGUUAUUGGGAUUAAGUGCGCCAAAGUCAAAGAGGAUUCAGUGGAGGUUUCCCAUUCGGUGGCGGCACAAGUGAUCAGCGAGCUGAACCUCCUCCGAAGCAACCACAGCGAGGUAAUGGAAGCCGAAGAAGCAGCCAAGAAGACAUUAGAGAGUAAGCGAAAGGAACAGAGGCAACUCAUGGACCAGAUCGAGCAGAAGAAGACCAUCAACGACCAGUAUCAGAAACAGGUGGAGGUGCUUGUAAAUGAGAAGUUGCAAUUGAAGUCCAAUCUGUCGCUUUUGGAGGGUACCUGUGGGAAAUGCCCCCUUCAGUGGACUUUAAUGAACUCCACCUGCUAUUUCUUUUCCAUUCGAGACUCUUCCAGGGCCAGGAAGAACUGGUUGGACAGCAGAGCAGACUGCAUUAUUCGUGGAGCAGACCUGGUUGUGAUCGAUGACGCAGAAGAGCAGAGAUAUGUGAACAAGAUCCUCAGAUAUUCAUCGAUAAAUAAAGCCUGGAUUGGUGUCAUAUGGAACAAAACAACACAGACGUGGAUCUGGGUUAACAAUGUGAAUGACACGGAACCAGAGUACUGGUUCUUUGGAGCUUUUCAACCUGACAGCCGCUAUAACAGCAGGGGAACAGAUUACUGUGGAAGCACGAGGUUUAUGUACGACAAUACCAUAGCUACCCAAAAUAAAGAAGACUGUAAUGGAAUAUUUCCUUGGAUAUGUGAAAUGAUGUUCACAUAAACCCGUGUAGAACUAUACUAAAAGUGAGUGUUGUACUCACCUUUGAUGGGUUGAUGAUGUACAUUUUUCCUACAAUUACACAGACAUCAGUGGAGCUCUAAAAUAAUAAAGUUUUUCAGAAGAUUAAAA